GCGACUGUUUCCAUACAUAAACGUAUAUAUCUACCGGCCGGCGUAUAAUCCCACCAGUGUUAGUUUGCUCACCAAGCCGGUAACACCACAGACUCGAAAAACCAGUUAAACAUGCCGAAAUACGUAUUUCACUACUUUGAUGGCAAGGGUUUGGGCGAGCCAGUGCGUCUGCUCCUGGCUUUCGGUGAUGAAGGUUUUGAAGACCACCGAGUAGCCUUCAAGGACUGGCCCGACUUUAAGCCAAAGACCCCCUUCGGCCAGAUGCCACUCCUGGAGUUUGAAGGCAAGCAGUACGCCCAGAGUCUAUCAAUCGCUCGCUACCUCGGCAAGAAGUACGGUCUGGCGGGAGAGUCCCUCGAGGAUGCUCUAGAGAUCGACCAGAACGUCGACCUCAUCAAUGACCUCCGUGCUAAGGCUGCAAUUGCAUCCUACGAAAAGGACGAGGCUGUGAAGGAGAAGAAGUACGCUGAAUUCAACAAGGAUGUGUUCCCCAACAUGCUGGAAAAGUUAAACGAAAUCAUCAUUAAGAACAACGGCCACAUCGCCAUUGGAAAGCUGUCUUGGGGAGACUUUGUCUUCGCUGGUAUGUUCGACUACAUCAAGCACUUGUUGGCUGUACCUGACCUGGAGAAGAAAUACCCAGCAUUCCAGAAGGUCGUAGACGCCGUGUACUCCAUUCCCAAGGUCAAGACCUACGCUGAUGCUGUAGGACCUACGGAAUUCAUCAUGCCGAAGUACGUGGUCCACUAUUUCAACGGAAAGGGAUUGGGCGAGCCCAUCCGUUUGCUGCUGGCUUAUGGAGGCGAGGAAUUUGAAGACCACCGCGUCGCUGGCAAGGACUGGCCAGAAUAUAAGAAAAAUACUGUUUUUGGACAAAUGCCAAAUGUCGAUAUUGAUGGCAAGAAGUACGCUCAGAGCAUUGCCAUCUGCCGUUACCUUGGCAACAAGUACGGCCUGGCUGGAGACACCCCUGAGGAAGCUCUGGAGAUCGACCAGCUCGUCGACCUCCUCGUUGAUUUUCGUCUAAAGGCUGCAACAGUAACUUAUGAAAAAGAUGAGAAAUUAAAGGAACAGAGAUAUGAGGAAUAUAGCAAAGAUGUGUUCCCUGAACACUUGGACAGAUUCAACGACAUCAUUGAAAAGAACAACGGACACUAUGCUCUCGGAAAGUUAACAUGGGCUGAUUUCGUCUUUGCUGGAUUUUUCGACUCCAUGAAGUUCAUCGUGCGAAUUCCUGACUUGGAGAAGAAGUACCCAGCCUUCCAGCGAGUUAUAGACCAUGUAUACUCCAUCCCCAAAGUCAAGGCAUACGCUGAUGCCCUUGGCCCUACAGAAUUCUAA